AUGCUAGCGGAAGCCCUCUGCGAGCAUGUUCCCGCGGCUUGUCUCUCAGCAGAUGGCCUGAUCGUCGAAUGCAGCGCUGCCAUGCGCGAGUCGCUGUCGCCAGGCCAUGCUGGCGAGCAGGAGCUUCAACACCGUCCGUUCCUGGAGCUGAUUCACGAUGACGACCAGAGCGCGUUUCAGCUCCCUGUUGCUGCAGCUGCUGCAGCUGUACUCGCUAUAGAGAAGGAGCUGGACUCGUUAGUGGAGCGGCUGAAGGCGCUGGAGGCGAAAAUCCGCGAGGGCGUGUACAACGGGAAGUUUAAGCGGAUAUUCGAGAUCUCUAUGGACCCGAUAUUCAUCAUCGGUGGCGAUAGGCUCAUCCACGAGUGCAAUGAGGCGGCAGAUCCAAUAUUUAUAAUUGGCGGAGACAGGCUGAUCCAUGAGUGCAACGAAGCGGCAGUGCGCAUGCUCGGGCACCAAUCAAAGGCCGCCAUCUGUCACAAGCUGGGCGCCGCCGCCUUUUCCCCGGAGGUCCAGCCGGGUGGUGAGCGGACGGCAGAUAAGAUGGUGCGAUUCGUUCAGCCGCUGCUGCGGGGAGAGGCAUCGAUCGACGAGUGGUGGCACUGGGCCAGGGGUCCAGCUGAAGGGGAGGAGAGGGCAGCGAGAGAGGCCGAGCGGACGGCGGAUAAGAUGAUGCGAUUCGUGCAGCCGCUGCUGCGAGGAGAGGCGUCUAUCGAUAAGUGGUGGCACUAUGAUACUCGAGGGGAGCUGUUCCCUGUGCUGGUCAAAGUGCAGUUUCUGAGCGAGGAGGAGCAUCCGGGGGAGGUGGUAUCUGUGUGGCACGACCUGCGGGACAUGAAGCGGCAUGAGGAGGAGCUGAGGCAGGCCAAGGAGGUGGCAGAGGCGGCGAGUCAGGCCAAGAGCCAGUUCCUGGCCAACAUCAGCCAUGAGAUCCGCACCCCCAUGAAUGGUGAGCAGUUGAGAGGUGAGGGAUGUGCUGGAGGUGGCGGAGCUGUUGUUACAAACGCCUCUAACACCCGAGCAGCAGCAGUACUGCGAGGUGUGUUAGGAGUAGCGGAGCUGCUGCUGCAAACGCCGCUAACCCUCAAGCAGCAGCAGUACUGCGAGGUGAUUCGCUCGUCGGGUGUGGACUUUCAAGACGUCCCAACCAACCCCUCCCCCCUUCCCUCCCUCUCUUAUAGGUGUGUUAGGAGCAGCGGAGCUGCUCCUGCAAACGUCUCUGACUCCCGAGCAGCAGCAGUACUGCGAGGUGUGCUGGGAGUGGCGGAGCUGCUGCUGCAAACGCCAUUGACCCCUGAACAGCAGCAGUACUGCGAGGUGAUCCGCUCGUCGGGAGACAGCCUGCUGCACAUAAUCUCCGACGUACUCGAUAUAAGCAAGAUUGAGGCGCGGUCAUUAGCGCUCGAGUCCAUCCCGUUCCACCUGCAGCAGACAGUAACAGAUGCUGUGGCUGCUGUCAGUGUGUUGGCGCAAAAGAAAGGGCUCGAGCAGGCAGUAGCAAACGCUGUGACUGCUGUUGCUGUGCUGGCACAGCGGAAAGGGCUCAAGCUGGAGGUGGAGAUGGAUUUAGACUCCCUGGAGGUGGAGAUGGAUGUAGACUCCGUGCCGCGCUGCAUCGUGGGAGACCCCUCUCGCCUGCGCCAAGUGCUGCUCAACCUCCUCUCCAACGCCAUCAAGUUCACCCACCAUGCUCUCUCCCUCCCUCCUCUCAUUUCCUCUCUUCCUGGCAUCUCCUCACUCCUCGCACAUCCUUCUCUCCUCCCCUCUUCUCAUCCCUUGUCUGCUUUAACUCUCUUCUUCCUCUCCCACGCCGUCACGGGCUUUGUGAAGCUCCGGAUUUUCACAUCAAACGUCCCAGCAGAGGAAGUCUCUGAAAAGGCCUGUUUAGCAGCGGCCGCAACUGCCGCCUCCGCUGCUGCUGCCGCUGCCGCUGCAGCAGCAGCAGCAGCAGCAGCAGCAGCAGCAGCAGCAGCAGCAGCAGCAGCAGCAGCAGCGCCAUGCAUUGAGGCCCCUCAAAGCACAGCAUGGGUUGCACGAGCUGCACCAGCAGCUGAGAGGAGUGUGGGAUCAGCUGAACUGCUGGAAGGGCCAUUGAAGGAGGCGCUGAAAAGCCCACCAGAAGCAGCACUAGAAGAGCCACCAGCGGCAACAGCAGAGGCGCCACCAGUGGAAGUGCCAGUGGAAUCACUAGCAGAAAUGGAGGGGGGAGACGCAGAGACGGCAGUACAGCAAUUUGGCUGUAGAAAUGGGUGGGGAAAACGCAAGAGGGUGGGCUGUAGCUGUGAGGGAGAAGACUGCUACAUGAAAGCGGGCGCGGCAGGGGCAGCAGCAGGGAGGACCACUGGGGAGGGGGGUGGUUGCACGGUUCUGAAGCGCAGCAAAAGGAGUUCUGGUGGUGGGGCGGCUAGAGGGAUUCACAAGCAGCAGGUGAGGGUGGAAGCAGAGGGGAAGAGGCCGGCAGCGGCAGUGAUGCCAGUCACGACCAAAGAGCCCACAUUCGGGGAAAAGGAUUUCAACAGGGACAUGAUGAUGCACCUUGAGGCGCCCCAAGGGCCUGCGUGUGGGAAGACGGACUCAAAAGAGGUCUCUGGAGAGGUGGUCAAGGUGCAGUUAGAGGCGCCCCAAGGAGGGGCAUCUGCAGAGACAGACUCGGAAGAGGAGGUGACUGGAGAGGAGGAGAUAACAGUGCACUUUGAGGUGGUUGACUCGGGCAUCGGCAUUCCCCCAGCCAUGCUCCCACGCCUCUUCCAGCCGUUCAUGCAGGCAGACGAGUCCACUAGCCGCCGGUACGGUGGCACGGGGCUCGGGCUUGCCAUCUGCCACUCGCUCGUCACGCUCAUGGGCGGCACCAUCCACGUGUCCUCGGUGGCCAGUCCAAAGCCUGCCGACCGUGUGCCUGUGGCUGGAUCCGCGGGUGAUGCGAAUGCAGGCAGCAGGAACCCCACGAGUCCCUCCAGCAAAAUCACUACUCCUACCAGCCCCACCAGCCCCACCAGCCCCACCAGCCACACCAGCCUCACCAGCCACACCAGCCUCACCAGCCACACCGGUCCGACCAAUCCAUGUCCCAUGGCUGCCGAUAUAACUGCAUGUCCGACAGCAGCAAUUGGUGCUGCUGAUUUCUACAGCAAGCAAGCUGCUGAUGCUCAUCCAAGGCAUGGCACCACGUUCCAGUUCUCGCUGCCCUUCAAGGUGGUCAGGGCAACUUCUGAACCUUCCAGCAUAGGUGCCUAUGACCGGCCGGUUGAGCCCUGUGCUGCUGCUGCUGCUGCUGCUUUUGCUCCUGCUGUUUCCGGUGCGGCGCCUGCUCCUGCUGCAACUGCUGCUGCUGCUGCUCUGAGUCCACUCUCCUGGUCAAUGCAGGAAAGCUUGCGAUUGGUGGGAGAAGGGUUGGAUCAGGUGGCCGAAGCAGAGCAAGAGGUGCAGCACUCAAAGGGAGAAUUGCAGGAGCAGGGGAAGCAGCAGAUCAAUGCCAAGGAGGAAGCCGGACCGAACAAGGUCUUAGUGGCUCAGCAAUGGAGGAUGCACAAUCCACUGCGAAUAGAUCGAAACCAGAAGCAUGAUCAUGUGCCUUCAACUAACGAGGAUGUUUCAGAUGCUCCUGUACUAUCAGCGAAGGCACCAAGUGGUUUGAAAUCACCUCCCCGAUCACCAUUGGUGUCAUUUCCGGGAGUGCGGUGUCUGGUGGUGGAGGACAAUGCAGUGAACCGCAUGGUGGUGGUGCGUCUGCUGCGCAGCCUACGUGUGAACAGCGACGUGGCGGAGAAUGGUGUGCUUGCAGUGCAGGCAUGCCGUGACAAGGAAUACGACCUUGUGCUCAUGGUAAGCCUGGCUUGCUCGAUUGCUGGAUACGAACCGCCUUUCUAUUUGGUACCUUGGCCUUCCUGA